AUGGACUUGCUGCUUCUUUCCGACGGUUCUGCAUAUCACUAUGUGCUAAUCAACGACCUGACAAAGCUGGUCAACUUUAUUCGCAAAAGAGCACCACGCGACAGAAAUGAAAUCUGCCGAAUUUGCUUCCAAACUUGCACUUCCAACGACAUUCUACGUCGACAUCAAGAAAUUUGCUAUCGACAAGAUGGCAUUGAAAUCACGAUGCCCGGGCCCGACAAUGAUCGACAUGUGUUUAAAAUUUUUGGUGCACGAUCUUUUGUACCACGUAUAGUAUACUUCGACUUGGAGUCAUUAAUUGUACCCGUAGCUGGCCCAGAGCCUGACAACGAAAAAUCGAACACUCACCUUAUCGAAAAACACCAGAACUACGGGUAUGCAUUCGCAGCUGUAGAAUUUGGAAACCCCGAGGUGGUCAAGUUCGAGUUGAAAAGGGGACCUGACAGUAUCGAACAUCUGUUACUGAGCUUGGAAACGCUUGCAAAGGAAGUUUACAAUGAAAAAAGAAGACAUUACGCGUUCACGGGGCAAAGAGAAACAAGAAAAGAAGAUACAUCCGAGUGCUGGAUAUGCGAAUUGCCUUUUGCAUGGGAUGAGGAAAAGGUAUUAGACCACUGUCACUAUACCAACAAGUUUCUCGGGUGGGCACAUAAUACAUGCAACAUCAACCGCAAGACAACUAAUUUCAUUCCUGUAGUUGCCCACAAUCUAGCAAACUAUGACCUACAUUGUAUCAUUCGAGCAUUGAAUAAAAGCAACCCACACACUGUCUUCUCUGUCAUACCGAGCACCGAAGAAAAAUUCAUCUCAAUAACCAUAUCGGUAUGGAUCAAAACGUUCUACGAUAAAAGUGGAAAAAUUAGAAAUGUGUAUGAGAAUCUGAGAUUUAUCGACUCCUACAAGUUCAUGCAAUCUUCCUUAUCAACACUCGUUAAUAAUUUGCCACCUGAUAAUUUCAGUCUAUUGGAAAAUUUCUUCAAAGCAAAAGGACAUUCAAUAGAGAAAAUCGAUCUUUUGAAACGAAAAGGGUUCUACCCCUACAGCUACAUUGAUAGCUUCAAGAAAUUCAAUGAACCGCGAUUACCCGCCCGAAGACUGUGGACGAAUAGCCUAGCCGGCGGUGAGGUCAGUGUAGAUCGAUCAGAGUUCAACCAUGCAAUCAUGGUAUUCACUAAAUUCGGCUGUAAUUCAAUUGGUGACUAUCACGACCUGUACCUCUCUAUCGAUGUGCUGUUACUUGCUUCUGUGUUCGAAGCUUUUCGAUCCGUAUGCUAUGAAACAUAUGGAGUCGAUUGCGCGCACUAUUAUACCGCAAGUAACUUGGCGGGGGAUGUGUUCCUUAAAAUCUGCCGAGCAGAUCUUCGAUUGCUAACCGAGCGCGACCACCUUCACUUUGUAGAGGGGAUGAUUCGUGGUGGAAUGUGGUCUGUAUAUGACCGAAAAUACUGGAAAGCCAACAACCAGAUCUUGACGACCAUGAUAAAAAUGCGGAAAAUUCGUUCAUCGUAA